GGGGUUUUAGUGAAGAUUAUAAAUGAAUUUAAAGGAGAUCCAUCUGACCACACAAGUUCAAACACUCACAAGGAAAGUGGCGAAUCUUGAGAGUGAUAAGAAUAAGUCGACCAAGUUCAGCAUAUGAAGGAAGAAAAUCGGAAAUUGAAAUAGAGAAAAAGGGAGAAAAGAUAUUGAAGCUAAGGCAACUAUAGAGAAACUUGAAAGAAAGCUUCAAGUUGCAUUAUCUCGUAUAAAUGAAUUUGAAACAGAAAAUAAACAACAGAGUAAAAUAAACAAUGAAGAAAUGUAUAAGGCUUCUUCUCCAGAAAUCUCCACCUUGCUCCAAGAGAAGCAGGACCUUGAGCUAAAACUCAGGGUCCUUACUAAAAGGAUGAAUAACUAUAAGAAGAAAUCUGAAGAACUUAAGUCAAAAGCCCAACAUAUUCUUGAAGUUUUUAGGAAUAUGGAAAAAGAGAGAUAUGGCAUCUUGCCUGUCAAGAAUGCAGCCAGAUGUUGCAAGUGUCAGGAUUUGCCCGUACUUUCUUCUCCGAAUCACUCCCCAGUGACUUUGAAUCGGAAGCCUUCGUUGAUAGACUUUUCUCUUACUUCUCCACAUAAAAAUGGAUUUGAGAUUUCUGUGAGCAAGAUAGCAGCAAGGACUUCUUUAGUAAGCAACAAAGAAGUAGAAUCUGCAUCAGAGUUUCCACUUGAAAGAGCCAGUCUCCAAAACCCACCUCUACAGCAACACAGUCAUGACCCAACAUGUGCAGUCUGGGGCCCCACUUCAGAGUCUCCUAGAGAAAGAAGGACGAGUAAUUUCGGAGCAGGAAACGACACUGCAGAGUUCGGAGAUGCCAGUGACCAGAAAGAGCAGAGUGAGGAGAGGUUUGGGGAGAGUUUAGAGUGGGAAGAGAGAGAAGGAGAUGAGGAGGGAAGGAGUGAGGAUAAGGAGAAUGAGAGUGGAAAUGGGGGAUUAAGUAGAGAUUUUGAUGGCUUUGGAAAAGAGAAAGUGUUGAGGGAAGAGAAUCAGAACAAGCAAUCCAGCGUUUCUCUUCAUCCUAACAGCUUGACGAGGAAGUUGGAAUGAUAUUUAAGUCCAGUGAGUUCAAACCCAAACUCAAGCCUUGUCAAAACUCUUCAUAAACCCUCAGAUAAUCCUAACGAGUUAAAUUCAACUUCAAAAAAUCAGAAAAGAUCUAAAAUAACUCCUUGCUACCUUGAAAAGGAAUUUAACUUGACUACAUCCAAUUUCACUUACAAAUCUCCUAGUAAUUGAGAUAUAUUCAAUGAGUUCAAAUCAUCAGAUAAUCUUGAAAUAGAAUUUUCAGGAAGCCCUUAACCAUUCUUACAAUAAUUCAAUCA